UGCAGCCGCGCGCCUCCUCCGACCCCACUGCAAGGCUCGCCGGCCACGCCUUCGCGUCGGGAUCGUCAGCGCUCGCAGCCUUCGCCUACCGUCCUCCGCACACAGAGCCGCCGGCCCUUGGUGUUCUCCCUACGGCCCGGUUACAUAGUAUGAACUUGAGGUGUUCCAUCUCCGGACCAUUUUCUAUGGAAAACCCAGGGGACUGGGCCAUGAUAGCCACUGGCAGCUUUGAAGGGCGAGACACCUUUAGAGAAGCUUGAUCUUGGAAGCCUCAGCCUGAGACCUUACGAAGCCGGAUUCCGGCAGAGUUCGUCUAUCUCGUCUUACUGUGGAUUGAAGGCACCCCUUCUCCAACUUCUUCUCCGUCUCCUGGGAGGUAGCAGGGAAGUAGCGCCAUGGUUGGGUUCAAGGCCACGGAUGUGCCCCCUACCGCCACCGUGAAGUUCCUGGGGGCUGGCACAGCCGCCUGCAUCGCAGAUCUCAUCACCUUCCCCUUGGACACUGCUAAAGUCCGGCUGCAGAUCCAAGGAGAGAGUCUGGGGUCAGCACAGGCCACAGCCAGUGCCCAGUACCGUGGUGUGCUGGGCACCAUCUUGACCAUGGUGCGCACCGAGGGCCCGCGCAGCCUCUACAAUGGGCUGGUGGCCGGCCUGCAGCGCCAGAUGAGCUUCGCCUCCGUCCGCAUCGGCCUCUAUGACUCCGUGAAGCAGUUCUACACCAAGGGCUCUGAGCAUGCCAGCCUCGGAAGCCGCCUCCUGGCAGGCAGCACCACAGGUGCCCUGGCUGUGGCCGUGGCCCAGCCCACGGACGUGGUAAAGGUCCGCUUCCAGGCUCAGGCACGGGCCGGAGGAGGCCGAAGAUACCACAGCACUGUGGAUGCCUACAGAACCAUCGCCCGAGAGGAAGGGCUCCGGGGGCUAUGGAAAGGCACCUCUCCCAAUGUGGCUCGGAAUGCCAUUGUCAACUGUGCUGAGCUGGUCACCUAUGAUCUCAUCAAGGACUCCCUACUGAAGGCCAACAUCAUGUCGGAUGACCUCCCGUGCCACUUCACGUCUGCCUUUGGAGCGGGCUUCUGUACCACUGUCAUUGCCUCCCCCGUCGACGUGGUCAAGACAAGAUACAUGAACUCUGCCCAAGGCCAGUACAGCAGCGCCGGCCACUGUGCCCUCACCAUGCUCCAGAAGGAAGGGCCCCAAGCCUUCUACAAAGGGUUCAUGCCCUCCUUUCUGCGCCUCGGUUCCUGGAACGUGGUGAUGUUCGUCACCUACGAGCAGCUAAAACGGGCACUCACAGCUGCCUGCACUUCGCGGGAAGCCCCCUUCUGAGCCUACUGCUGCCCUCGCUGCCGCUGGCCUUACCUGCUCCCUGCCUUUCCCUUCCCUCUUCCCACCUACAUUCUCAUCCCACCCCCACGCAGUCUCCUCAGUUAUGUCUCUGGGCUAGUGUUGUUGAUCCCAUGUGACAGUGAGAAGCCUAGCACCAGCCAGGAUACUAGGCCCUCAGUCCCUAGGAAAGCUCAGCUGGAAUCUUGGCCUCAGCCCCCCACCCUUCCCAGCUAGCCUGUCACUCAUAAAGCAAGCGCAACCUUGGUGUCUCUUC